AUGGCUGAUACAAAUCAUUACCAAUUCAAUGUCGUCAUGACCUGUUCGGGUUGUUCUAGCGCAGUUAAUAAGGUUUUGACAAGACUAGAGCCAGACGUUUCUAAGAUAAAUAUAUCACUUGAGCAGCAAUCAGUAGACGUGUACACUACGCUUUCUUACGACUUUAUUUUAGAGAAAAUCAAGAAAACUGGUAAAGAAGUAAAAUCAGGGAAGCAGUUGUAG